AUGGAAAUGUCUUCAGCACCAUUACAAGUAAUUACAGGCCGCUUCUUUCGUCUUGAAUGUAACCACGAGCAGCUUUUCCAGUCGGAAUAUAAACGGAGUAAUAGGACCAAGGGCUUGAAAAUUCUUCGCUGUUUCCCUCACUGUUGUCCCGAGCAUAUUGACCGUAGUUAUUGUGGAUCGUCAUUAAGUGUAGAUAUUCGACUAGCGAAACGUUCGGAUGGAACUGCACCAUUGAAAAUUGUACAACGUCAAGUGCUAUCGGUUUUUGCUCGCUUUGAAGCUGUUAGUGAUGUAAGUUUACGUACGGGAGAAUGUGUGGAGGUAGACGUGAUCCAGCGAGCAUUGCAGACUGGGACAAAUCUAGAUGGACAGUGGAUUGCUGGUGUAUUGGAUCAACCAUCAGAUAUGGUAACCAUGAUUCGUGCCCUUCCAGGUGGAAAUUAUCAUGAUGAGUCACGACCAGGCAGCAAAAAUUCCUUGGUGUUCCAUUUGAAUCGGAAAGCUUGUUCACGAUGGUAUUAUGAUUGGGAAAGUGGUGCAAACAAGGCGCAGAGACUGAUGAAACAUGUCUUGAAAGCAUAUAUUGUUGAACAAGUUGCAGUGGAUAUGGACGAUAAUUUUACAACGAUUUCCAGUCCUGAAGCCUUCACACAGUUGUACCGAGUGCUGCAUGUAGUGUCAUCCCCUGAAUUUACAGUCAUUUCAUAUCGUCGAGCACCACUGGAUCAACUGCAAGUAAUUACUCAUGCACAUGCUGCAGUACAAUUAGACAAGUCACACAUUCCGCAACACAUCGAUCGUGACGUAACUGCAUGGCGUGCAUCAAAAUCGUUGCUACAUACAGCGGUUUGCAAUAACGAAGCGAAACGUCGACGGCGAAAGGACUCAAAUGACCAGGAAUUUGUGCCUUCUCUUGAAGACAAACUAUUCUGGGAGCAUUCGAAUGCACCUGUUGUCGCCGUAUCAAAGAAUAUGGCACUACUUCUUGCGUUUGUCCGUUGGGUGCCGUUAAGAUUAUACGCGUCGUUAGUUUCUGAGAUCGUGCACUUGAUCGAUCAGACAGUCCUCGAGCUAGUAUCAACAAGUAUGGAGAAGAAAUCGACCAAGUCAAAUUGUUUUUCCAGGCUGUUAUUUCAGCAUGCUCAGACAGAAAAAAGUAUGCAAGCUACUGGAGAAAGCACUCUACUUCCACUUGGUCUAGAACCUUUACUUCGAGUGGCUUUGCGGUCUGUGCUAUGGUUAUAUUCUGGGCAGACAUGCCAUUGGAUACGCACAUUUUUUCGCCAGAACGCUACAUCUGUGCUGGACAAGAAGGUCAUGCGUUUAUGCUUUCUUGAAUUUCUGCGUGAGUUAGAGGAGCGUUUGCAUACAGAAGUGCUUGCAGCUACAACACUUCGUAGAUUAUCUAACGUGGCUGAGGAAGUGCUUGCAGCGGUGUAUUCGCUUGAGUGUUUUCAUGACCGACGGCCACUCGUACGACAAAUUUUAAGUGGUCAAAGUUUUGCUGGAUGGACGAUGUUUGUCGCGCAAAUGCGAGAGACUUACAUUAGUGCUACAAGAUCACCAGUGUCUGUGCCACCCCGUCAAGAUUCAGACGCCACUUUCAUGACAGCUUAUCCUCCUCACAAUGCUAUUGAGCGAAGCUGGCAUGGCGAGUGGUAUUUGGAUGUAGAUGAUGUGCAAUGGGGUAUCAAUGAACUAAGGCCUUUUGCUUCUGCUAGAGGCAAAAGCAGUGGUGGUCCGAGGGUUCCAGAUGUAUCACUAUUUUCUCUGGUCAAGCUUAUCUCGCAAAUUGUCCGGUUUGAUGUAGCUGUUGAUAUUCGAGCAAGCACUUUACGUAUUCGGGUACCACGAGGUUUGGCAGGGUGCAUUGAUUGCAUGCACUUGGUGCUAGACGGUAAGGAUCGUGUGUUUCGUACUUUUCCAAAUGGUAUCACUUCAUGCGGUAGUGAUGGCGCUUCUGGGGACUAUAUUGGUGAAAUGCGUGUUGAGGACCCAUACCGGUUAGUUAUAUUCCUUCAACUAUUCAACUGGUCACUCGAACAAGGCACUCCUUCUUAUCGUGUGCGGAUAAACAUUGAGUGCCACAACAGUUGUCGGUUGUCUGUCGACGGCGAUAUCUUGGAAACUACAGGGUUGAGUACAUUGACAGCGGAGAAGCUGUCAUGCGUCAAUGAAAUGUCUCUGCGUGCUAAGCUUGAGUUUGUCCAAGAAACCAGUGCACAACGGCAUCAUGAUGGUGAAGGUGCACCGAGGGAUACACCUGCUGCUGCUUGGACAGAGUAUGGCAAAUUUCAUUUGGGAUAUGAAAAAAUGAGCAAAAGAUGA